AUGCUACGCAAAUGUUUCCUUCUGCCCCUGCUGGCAGCUUGCGGUGCAGCGGUUGAGAUCUCCGUUGCAUCGUCUGGUGGUAAUGCCACUAGUGGUUUACAAUAUGGUAUCAUGGAAGAGGAAAUCAACUACUGUGGUGAUGGGGGUCUCUAUGCGGAGCUGAUUCGCAAUCGUGCGUUCCAGGGAGGCGAGAAAUACCCUUCCACAUUGGAUGCUUGGAUUCCAGUCGACGGAUCGGCGCUGUCUCUAAAGAACCUCAGUCAACCCCUGUCAUCUGCACUGCCCACAUCAGUCAAUGUCAAAGGAACGACAGGAAAGGCUGGCCUUACCAACUUGGGUUGGUGGGGUCUCGACGUAAGAGAGCAGACGUACACCGGCUCCUUCUAUGUGAAGGGUGCCUACAACGGAACAUUCACAGCUUCCCUGCAGUCCAAUAAGACUGGUGAGGUAUAUGCCAGCGCUGUCAUUGUGUCAAAGAGCGCUCGUGGCGAAUGGACCCAGCAUAACUUUACUUUGACCCCCACUAAGGCUGCCUCAAACACCGAGAACACGUUCUCUAUUACCUUCGAUGCUUCUAAAACUGUUGACGGCUCCCUUGACUUCAACCUUAUCAGCCUGUUCCCUCCUACAUAUAACGACCGUCCCAAUGGACUUCGCAGGGAUUUGAUGCAAGCGAUGGCCGACUUUGGACCUAAAUUCCUGCGAUUCCCAGGUGGCAACAACCUCGAAGGCGAUACCAUUGACGGCAGAUGGAAAUGGAACGAAACCAUUGGACCUCUCAAGGACCGCCCAGGCCGUGCAACAACCUGGUCCUACCAAGAAACCCACGGACUAGGUCUCGUCGAAUACAUGGAAUGGUGUGAAGACCUUGGAGUCGAGCCCAUUCUUGCUGUAUGGGGUGGAUUUGCACUGAACGGCGACGCAAUCCCCGAAUCUGAGCUCGACACCGAAUACGGUGCCCUUCGCGCGUCCCUUGGCCAUCCAAAACCUUGGACAGUCAAAUAUGUCGAAGUCGGUAACGAGGAUAACUUAAACGAAGGGCUGGAUUCAUACAAAUCCUACCGCUUCCAGGCCUUCUACAACGCCAUCAAGGAGAAGUACCCAGACAUUACAGUCCUGGCAUCCACUGUUGAAAUCGACUUCCCUGGCGAUGCAGGCGGUGACUAUCACCUGUACGAUACGCCAGACAACUUCGUCAAGAAGUUCAACUUCUUCGACCAGUUCAGCCCCGACCAUCCGAUCCUACUUGGCGAAAUCGCAGCGAUUCAGCUCAACGGACGCGAAAUCGUCUGGGGCGGCUCUGCCCAUUUCUCACAGUACCCAUGGUGGAUCGGUAGCGUCGCAGAAGGAGUCUUCCUCAUCGGUGCCGAAAGAAACGCCGACAAGGUUCUGGGAACAACAUACGCCCCCUUCAUGAUGAACCUCGACAACUACCAAUGGUCUCCUACCUUCCUCGCGUUCAACUCGAACCCCGAUGAGACGGCACGUUCGACCAGCUGGCACCUUUACGACCUCUUCUCUCACAACUCCUUCACACACACCCUCCCCACCACAUCAGAUUCUAGCUUCGGACCUCUCUACUACGUCGCUGGUGUCGACAACACGAGCAAUUCUCAUAUUUUCAAGGCAGCCGUAUACAACAGCACCGCCGACGUGCCCGUGUCUCUUACUUUUGACGGCGUCAAGGCCGGUACCAGUGCAAGCCUUACUGUGCUCACCGCCGCGGAUCCACUGGGCAUGAACGAAGUGGGAGUUGCUGAUAUUGUCGAUAAGAAGACCUCCACCGUGACGGCUGGUGCCAACGGCGUGUUUGAUUUCAGUCUGCCGAAUCUGAGUCUGGCUGUUUUGAAGACGGAGUAG